GGCUUUAUAAUCGGACUUUUUGGCAUUUCCUUGACAAAUGGAAUAAUGCAUAACAAAAUGGAUUACAAUUACAAUCAGCUAACAAGUGCCAAACCCUACAAGACUCUGCAAACGGGAACAUUUUAUUUGAAUCGCAAUCGUCCUUUAUGGGUAUUGGGUGAUGAGAAAAAUCGCGAAACAGUGGUGCCUCUGAAGAAACCCCCCAAAGAAAAACUUAAAUAUGAUCACAUCAAGCCGAUUUAUGUGCGUAAUCGUCAAAACUCACGCCAAUCUUCAUAUGGAGCGAAUAAAAAAUAUCCCUACAAGGCCCAGAAUCGUGUAACAUUCUUCAGCCGAUCAAAUCUGAAUUUGCCCAAAAAUUAUCUCCCACUCAAUAGUCAAAGGAUACCGGAAUUUAAACCCAUGCCACAGCUGCCGAAAUUCGAUGCAAUCCCGGGUGAGGAGAGUUACGAUAAAACCAUACCCCUGUUCGUUUACACCGGCAAUAAGGGGCGCAUGUUGUUCAACACCAUGAUGAGUCGGUAUAAAUAUCCCAUGCAAGAACCGGUGCCGGGGCAAACCCUACAUCCACCCAGGACAUUGAUUGUAAAAAAUUCAGCCAAGGAAGACCAAUUUAAACCCCAAUUUACACCACAACCACCGGUCCUAAAUGUGACCAUGAUACCCUUCUAUGCCUUUGAGGCCAUAAAUCCGCGAAAUCUAAACAAUGAGAUCUAUACCAGCACCGCUGCCGCCACAACUUUGCCACCAACAAAAUUCCAUAAAAAAUCCAAAAAAUAUUCCGCCUUCUUUGCACCCCAAGACAUAUUGAGCCACCAUGCAUUUGAUACCACCACAGAACUGCCUUUGACGCUGGAGAAACCCUUUGCCAAUCAUCGUCAUUAUCUGGAGGAGUCACCCCAAACGCCGGCAACAACAUCAUUGCCCCACAAAAAACUUGAGGUUACCUAUAAUGAUGGUGAGGACAAGUUUCACAUUACCUAUGAGGAUGAAAAUUCCGAUGUAAAUUUGGAGAGGCCUACCGAAUAUACGACCAUUGGGCCGAGUUCAUUUCAGCCCGUGCAAUUAUGGCCAUCGGGAUUUUAUGGAAAUUAUAAAAACAUCAAUGAGCUGACAUCGAAUAAUUUUAAAAAUCCCCAAGAGAUGGAGGGCUUGAGUCGGCCAAGUAAUGAAAAUGAGAAAAAUCGAGAGGAAGAGAAUCAGAAGACUAAUAGUGGAAAAGAGGACACCACCACUAAGGACAAGGAGAAUACAUGGUUCAUAUUGAAUUCAAGAUAUAAAGGCCCAUUGAAAACGAAGGCCAAAAAUCUACACUCCUCGAAAUAUGUACAAACGACACGAUCCAUAAAAGACGAUUUGGAUUUGCAACAGGACACAGUGACGAAAAGCAAUCUGAAACCACAAAUGAGAGCUCUUUAUGGAGAUGAAUUAGAAAUAGUUAUUUGA